CUGCGCCCUCAUGGCAGGGUUUUUCUUUCCUUACCCGUCUGACUUUCACAACGGACACUUGAACUCUUAUCCAUACGGGAUCGAUUCGUAUAACGGCCAUGAUCAGGGACAGUAUCAAGACCACCUCUUCAACGACAGAGACGAGCGCAAUCACGACGGAUAUCAGGAAGAAAGCCACGACGAGCGGCAAUACCGGCCUUACCGAUCACGCAGGCGGACACCGACACCACCUCCGCCUCCCACUCUUCCUUCUCAAGAAUACCUCGCGAUUUCGCGCUCUCCGCAGCCUGCAACGCCGAUUCGUGGUCAGCGCAAGCUGCUCAUAUUUGAUCUGAACGGGACGCUCCUGCUGCGCUCUGCACGUGGGUACUCCCCCCGGCGAAUCUUUCUGAGACCGUAUGCACGCUGCCUCGCUGCCUAUCUCGCGCACCCGGCUGUGCAGGCGUGGCUGGACUGUAUGGUAUGGAGUAGCGCCCAGCCGCACAAUGUGCGCGAAAUGGUGGUAAAAGUGUUCGGAGAGUCGGAGGGCGAUGGGAAGGGGUCUAUCCUGCGCGCGGUGUGGGCGCGGGAUACGCUGGGGCUGUCCAGGGACGCGUAUCACCAGAAAUCACAGACGACGAAAGAUCUGGCAAAACCUUGGGAGUUCUUCGCUAAGCCCCAAUCAAUCAGGCGGUCAUCAUCGCCCUCGAUAUCUUCUUCUCCGAUAACAGAUACCACUUGUCUUCCAGCUAACCAGGACACGACUGCUCUGGGUUCUUCAUCGUCCAGUCAUAUCGCUGAGCCUUCGUUUGAUUCGGAUCACUCUUCUUCUCAAUCGUCUUCAUCACUGCGGCCCGAGCUCUUCCCGCAUGGCCCCGAAACCACAUUCCUGGUCGACGAUUCGCCUCUUAAGGCGCGCUUACAACAAUGGAAUCAUCUCUGUGUUCCUGAAUACGACCCUGAUGCGAGGAGGCGCGAUCGGAUAGCUGCAGGACUGAGCCCGGAGGAAACGCCUGAAGAUAAUCUAUCGAGUGGAUCUACGACGAACGGUCUGGAGAAAGGGACGGGGGCGGCUGACUCUGGAGAGAUACCCAUCAUGGAGGAGAUUUCUUUGAAGAAGGAUCGAUGGCGGAAACGGCGAAAGCAUGAACAAGCAGAGAGCUCGGACAAGGAAGAGAGCGGGUCAAGCGACACAUCCCCGCCCGAAGAGAUAGUUGAGGGUGCGACCGCUUCUACAGCUCCAGUGCCAGGAAUGAGCAAGCGUGCCAAGAGAAGAGAGAGAAAGCGGUUACUGCUUGAGGCCGAAGGGACUUCAGCUGCUCCAGAAACGGGUGUGGCGGAUUUUAAACGAGCUGCCGUCGGCAUUGAGAAUAUUUAUUCAUCGCCAGCUCAGGCCUCAUUGAAGCGCAAACGCAGCACGGAGGGGAAUGAAGUGGAGCGUGGGCUGGACGGCCAAGUCGCGGCCAGCGUCGUAGCUUCAACCUCCACAGAAGAAAAAACGGCCGAAGAUCAUACUGCAUGCGAUGAUGCCGCUGAGCCCUUUGACCCCACGCUUCUUGCUGUCAUUGGCAUCGUGUCCCAUUCGCGGAACGUGGGGAAUGUCGCUUCCUGGGUUCGUGCAGGCGGAUUAUCCUCAGCGGCAGAAGAUAGGAAGGCGACCCCAUACGCCAACCCCGCCGAGUGGUUUAUGACUCGAUCAGUGCUUUUUUUCUGGGCUGCUCGAGGGCGGCAAGCUUUGGCUGAGUUCGGAAUUGAGGCUGAAUCUGGAAUUGACUGAUGCAUCCAUAGAUCAGAUCCUUUUGCUAUAAUCUGGUGUAGUAAUACUGCAUAGGAUGUGUAUUAUAUUGCUUAUAUUGCUUUGCUAGUCGGAACAAAAAGUAUUUGUCUCUCAGAGGACUGUU